AUGCUGGACGGGGGGCUUGGGAAGCUGCACAGGAGGAUGCGGGGUAGAUUGGGUGACACUGUGAGUUGGACUAUGACGUUCGAUGUAAGGGAUCUUCAGAUGAUAAAGACUCGAGCUUUAGCUAAUAUAGCUACAGUGACAAGAGAGGACAUGCAAACUCUGAAGAACGACUGGCUCACAGAUAAUGUCAUCUCAUUUUGGGAGGAAUAUCUCGAACACGAAUUUCUCACUCGAUACAAGUCUUCCAACAUUAUCCUCCUCCGCCCCAGCAUGUCCUUCAUGAUCCUCCAAACACCUGACCCUCGAACACUCCGUGAAGCUUUACCAGACUUCACUCGCGCCACGCAUGUCUUUCUCCCUAUAAAUGACAAUCGCAAUGUUACUCAAGCCGAAGGAGGCUCGCAUUGGUCCUUGUUAUUAAUAUCUAUAGUUGAUCGCAUCGCCUUUCAUUACGACUCUCUUUACCAAGGAAAUGUUUGGGAAGCUGAUACCGUGACCCGUAAAUUUGGUGCGCUUUUGAACAUGCCAAUUCGAUUCUUGCAUUUGCAUGAUUCCCCUCAACAAGACGGUGGCAGCGACUGUGGUGUAUUUGUGUGCAUGAAUAUGCGACAUCUCCUUCUGAAGCGACUUCUCAUGGCUAGUGCCCAUGAGAAAGUGAGCAUGAGUCUUGGAGGACGAAAGGUUGAUGCCAGUGCGGCACGGAAAGAAAUGGCCAAGAUCAUCGAAGGAUUCCGGAAAGAGGGCGAGCGCCGACGAUCGGCAAGUCAUAGUCCGAUGGGUAAAAAAUCGAGGAGUCCACCUCGAAUUGAAUAG